CUCACUCUCUCUUUUUUUUUGUUUUUUUUUCCACUUAUUUCGUUGAAUCGUUUUCAUAGGCGGUGAAAUUCAUGAGAGAGCUUUAGCUUAGCUUAGCUGGGUGAUUUUAUUUAUUUAUUUAUCUAUCUCGUAUAAUAAUCUUCUUCUGGCAGUUUGCGAUAAAUAAUUAAAAUGCAUUUAAUCUCUUUGUCCCUUCUCUUUGGUUUUAUUAGUCGAAUCGCUGGAAAAAUUCCUUUGUCAUUCUCGUGAAAUUCGUUUUUUUAAAAAAAAAAAAAAUCUUCAUUCUCUUCGAGUUUAAGUAUCUUCAUUCUCUAACCAUAUCUAUUUUUUAAAAUUCCUUCUUCAGAGUCUUCUUCUCUCUUUGUUUCUUCAAUCACAAUCUUUCCUUGCUUCGUUAUCGUUUUAAUCUUUUGUGUAUUUAUUUAACAGGUGGAGUUUUGAAGUUUGUGGACAGCUUUUUUGAAAGGGGGAAGAAUCUCCUCGUGUCUUUUUGUCUUCUGCUCAACAGGAUUUUUUGUUCCUUUGUUGUUGUUGUCAGAUCGAUAAAAAUCAAAGAGGCUGUAAUAAGCUUUUUUUUUUCUGGCUCUGUGAUUCAUCUUCAAAGGGUGGAGGAGGUUUUGGGAUCUUUUGGAGUUGAAUCCGUUCUUUUCAAGUUUCUUGUGAAUUUAGCAGAGAGGAGGUUUUGUAUUUAUCUGCAAGGAGGAGAGAAAGUCUUCUUUGAUUCUUUGUCUUUGAGGUUUCUAAACUUGGUGGGGGCAGUAGCUAAAAUAAUGCAAAAAGCUAGAAGAGUCCUGUUAUCUUCCAGAAUCUUGUGAGCCUUUUAUCUCUCCAAUCAAAGUACAGAGUACCUUUGAGGAUCCUGUUAUAAUAAAGGCAUACCAAAAGAAGAGGGUCAAGAAAACUCUCUUGCAUUUCUCUUCGCUUUUUUGCUCUCUGCUGUUGGAUAUAUUAUCUUUUAAAUGAGUCGUCUACUGAAGCGAGGGAAGCAGGAAAAGCCUCCUCUAGUAUCUGAUGGUGCUGCUGAGAAGGUUAUCGUCGCUGUUAAAGCCUCUAGGGAGAUCCCUAAGACUGCUUUGAUUUGGGCUUUGACUCAUGUUGUUCACCCUGGCGACUGCAUUACCCUCAUUGUCGUUGUCCCUUCUCAAAACUCUGGAAGAAAGCUUUGGGGUUUCACUAGGAGUUUCCCUAUGUUUGCCGGAGACUGUGCAAGUGGUCACCAGAAACCACAUUCUGAAGCACUUCCAGCGAUAAAGAGUGACCUCACUGACACUUGUUCCCAAAUGAUUCUCCAGCUUCAUGAUGUCUAUGAUCCCAAUAAGAUAAAUGUCAAGAUUAAGAUUGUUUCUGGAUCACCCUAUGGAGCAGUUGCUGCUGAGUCGAAGAAAGCACAAGCAAACUGGGUAGUACUAGACAAACACCUUAAGCACGAAGAGAAACGGUGUAUGGAUGAAUUGCAAUGUAACAUUGUGGUGAUGAAGCGUUCUCAGGCAAAAGUUCUGCGCUUAAACUUGGUUGGAUCUCCUAGGAAGGUUGCUGAGAAAGCGUCUCCUUUACCAACCGGACCAGAAGCAGCAUCUGAAAAAGACACAAAGAACACAAAAGGAUCGUUAGAUUCCGAUAGAGGACUACCUGUAACUCCUACUAGCAGCCCGGAGCUGGGGACGCCAUUCACAAGCACAGAAGCCGGGACUUCAUCAGUGUCAAGCUCUGACCCGGGAACUUCACCGUUUUUCACCUUGGGAACGAGUGGGUACAUGAAGAAGGAUGGAGCAUUGGUCAUCAAGGAGAACGAUGAUUCCGGCGGCUCUGAGACAGAGAGUGAAAGCCAAUCAUUAGCAUCAACGAGUAUGAGAUUCCAGCCUUGGAUAUCAGAAUGUAUUGGCGGCACACAUCGCCAUUCAUCUUUAGAGGCCGAGGAAGAAGGCCUGUGGAAAAACGAUGAUAGAGCUCAAAUAUCCACUACAAAGGCCUUGCUUGAGAAGUUCUCUAAGCUUGAUGUAGAAGCUGGUCUGUCUUCUAGUCGAAGGAUGGAUGUGGAGUUUAGUGGAAACGUGAGAGAUGCAAUAUCACUCUCUCGUAACGCUCCUCCUGGUCCGCCUCCUCUGUGCUCUAUCUGCCAGCACAAGGCGCCGGUGUUUGGGAAACCACCUAGGCUGUUUUCAUACGCGGAGCUAGAGCUUGCAACAGGUGGGUUCUCACAGGCUAACUUCUUGGCAGAGGGUGGAUAUGGUUCUGUUCAUCGUGGUGUACUACCGGAAGGCCAGGUAGUCGCGGUGAAGCAGCACAAACUUGCCAGUUCUCAAGGAGAUGUGGAGUUUUGUUCCGAAGUGGAAGUUCUCAGCUGUGCUCAGCAUAGAAACGUCGUCAUGCUAAUUGGUUUCUGCAUUGAAGACAGUAGACGGCUCUUGGUUUAUGAAUACAUAUGCAAUGGUUCACUUGACUCCCAUCUAUACGGUCGCCAGAGGGAAACGCUGGAAUGGCCUGCACGGCAGAAGAUUGCUGUUGGAGCUGCAAGAGGUCUUCGGUAUCUUCACGAAGAGUGCAGAGUUGGCUGUAUUGUCCACAGAGACAUGCGUCCUAACAACAUCCUCAUUACUCAUGAUAAUGAGCCACUGGUCGGAGAUUUUGGUCUAGCGAGAUGGCAGCCUGAUGGAGAACUAGGAGUAGAAACACGAGUGAUAGGAACCUUCGGCUAUUUAGCUCCAGAGUAUGCUCAAAGCGGACAGAUAACAGAGAAAGCGGAUGUCUACUCGUUCGGGGUUGUUUUAGUUGAGCUAGUCACAGGCCGCAAAGCCAUUGACAUUACAAUGCCGAAAGGCCAGCAAUGCCUCACUGAAUGGGCACGUCCGCUACUGGAAGAAUAUGCUGUAGAAGAACUUAUCGAUCCGAGACUUGGGGACCGUUUUGUGGAAAGUGAGGUCAUUUGUAUGCUCCAUGCAGCUUCCUUGUGUAUACGUAGAGACCCACAUUUGAGGCCACGCAUGUCUCAGGUGUUGCGUAUACUGGAAGGAGAUAUGAUAAUGGAUGGGAACUGCUGCUCAACUCCAGGGUCAGAUGCAGGCAACAGAAGCGGGCGGUUCUGGGCGGAUCAGUACAGCAGCGGUCAGCUAACAAAAGAUGGGUUUGGGUCGGAUAGGUUCAGUGAAAGGGUGUCUGUUGAAACGCCAAGACUAGCUAUAAGGGAGAGGGAAAGAGGUCAAAGGUUGGAACUAAACCACAGCAAGCAAUGAUAACUAAAAGGAUUAAGAGAGUACAAUCAGAUAACAGUGUCUUAUGGAAAAGUUUUAGUUGAUAGGGGUUAAAGGUCCCAUGUUUUCAGUAAUGUGGUCCAAAGCUGGGAAGAAAGCUUUUUUCUGACUCUUUUUGUUUGUAUAGCGGGUAAGAUGCAAGAUUGAUUUCCUAUAUAUGUUAUCUAGGAACUUGAAAUUGUUUUUGGUAAAAAGGAAAUGAUUAUAAAAUGACAAAACAA